AUCAACUAUCCAAAAAUAUAUAAAUAAACUGAGAAAGGAAACUUGUGUCUAUUUGCGGAAAAUGUGUUCUGGUAAAAUAAUAUAAAUUAUUUAUUUUUUAUUAUUAUUUCAGUUUAAAAAAAAUGUGUCAGUAAAUAACAAACAAAACUGCAGUUACGCAAUUUAAUAUUAUGAAAAUUAUUUCCAAACAUUUCGCUUAGCAUUUUAUAUCCAUAUUUAUACCUUACAUAGCUAGUUUAUCUUUCAAUCCCUCUCGUACUCGGCGAAGUGACGUCGAAAGGUCGAAUUCCUUCCAUCCUAACCUGCAAAGUCGUCCUAUAAACUUUCGCAAUGGUUCCUUAAAACCAUUAUUAGAAAUGCUACUACACGACGCUCGCGACUAAAGACCUCGCAUUUUACCUUACACAAGUUUUGGCUGGAGUUUUUAGAUUCGACCGGAAUAAGUGAAAUAUUUUACCGAAUUGUUAUUGCCUAAAUUUUUAUUAAACAUGGCUAGCAAAACCAGCAUAAAGAAGCAAUCACGUUUUGUGCACUUUUACUUGGUGGCAUAUAAUGCCUUACAAACUCUGGGCUGGAUCGUUAUAUUCUUUAAGCUUGUAAAUUUUUACCUCAGUCCCGGGACAAGAACACUAUACGAAUCUGUCAGAUGUGUUUUGAAUAUUUUCCAAAAUGCCGCCGUGCUGGAAGUUAUACACGCUGUUACGGGCAUCGUUAGAUCAGAUCCGGUGAUUACUGCAUUCCAGGUAGGAUCAAGAGUAGUUGUUGUAUGUGGAGUACUUAUGGCCACAUAUUCUCCUAGGGAUAGCAUAGGAUUACCGUUGGCGCUGUUGGCAUGGUCCGUAACAGAAAUCAUUAGAUACUCAAAUUAUUGUUUGAGUUUGCUGGAUUUAGUUCCUUACUUCCUUAAAUAUUUAAGGUAUACCUUGUUUAUAGUACUAUACCCAAUUGGUAUAACAGGUGAAUUAUUAUGCAUUUAUGCCGCCUCUAAAGAAGUUGGUGCAGGUCACUUGUACUCCUUGGAAAUGCCAAAUAAGUACAACUUUAUAUUCAAUUACCAGCAUCUACUGUGGUUUCUGAUGUUGCUGUAUAUUCCUCUGUUCCCUCAGUUAUAUCUUCACAUGUUUUCACAAAGGCGGAAAGUUUUGUUAAAGGCAAAAACAAACUAGGAAUGACAUCGAUUAGUUAAAUUUUUUCAAUUAGACUGAUUUCUGAUCUGGAACCAUUCAUUAUUACUACCUUCCAAAAGUACAUUAAGAAGAACUCCACAAAAUAACCUAUGCUUGGAUUUUUGUAUUAAUAAAUUUUUAUCCCACAUAAACUGG